AUGAUCCCCGGCCGGCGGUUUGUGCACCUGGUGCUGAGCAACAUGACGAGCACCGGCCGUAUCGAAUACUCGCUGCGGCACAUCGACGCGACGCGUUUCUUCUACCCUACUACGCCGCCGCCGAAGCCAUCUGCUCUCGCCCACCGUCCACCGUCGGAGCCGUCUCGCCUGCCUCCGCCGGUCAUGGGCUUCACCCCUCCCCACUCUUCCUCCCCGGCCGAGAGAGGCAUGGAGUUCAUGCUCCUCGGCACGGACAAGAUCGUCGCCUCAGACCAGACCGGCCGCGCCGUGCUCUAUGACCCCGCGCGCCACACCGUCCGCACCAUGCCGUCACUCACGAGCCCCAAGUACAGCCCCGUGGCCCUCACCGUCAACGGCAACGACCUGUACGUCAUGAACGCGAUCCCCAACCUGCCGUCGACCAUGCACUUCGACGGCCACGACCACGGCUUCGACCAGCUCGCCUUCCGGUCGGAUUCGUCGUCUCCCACGAACCAAGAAGGUGACUGGUGCUGCUCGGACCUCUCACCAAUUCCCUGCGAGCGCGAUGAGCCCGAUCCUCAACACGGGGUCAUCCGGGCAGCCACCACGGUCGACGGAGGCUCCAGCAUCUUGGUGUCCAAGCAUGGCAUGGGCACCUACGCCUUCGACACGGCACGCGACGAGUGGAGCAAGGUCGGCAGAUGGAUGCUGCCGUUCGCUGGACAAGGAGAGUUCGUCCCCAAGCAUGGCCUCUGGUUCGGCCUGACGGCCCGCACCAGCGACGUCCGCGACUGCGACACGAACCUCCUCUGCGCCGUGGACCUCGGAUCGACGACGCAGCAGCGGCAGCGGCCGCCCACGGUGCGCGGACUCUCGGGGCAUGCCGUUGUUCCGCCCGUGGAGUGGGGAUGGAUGCCGGAGACGUCGCGCCUCGUGCACCUGGGAGACGCCAGGUUCUGCGUUGCCAGGUUCUUCAACUGCGAGGCGUCCGCUCGCCGGUACGCGCUGUUUGCCGGCGUGGAGGUGGAGAGGUACGGCGGGGAUGGUGAUGCCGGAGGGCUCCGCAUGGUGAUGCACAGGUCCGAGGUGUACGUGCUUCCCCGUCAACUCAUGUAUUGGGUGCUAUGA